AUGCCUCCGCGCGGUUUCACCAACCCGGCUCCCAAGACGGAGAGCGCAAGGGAAGCCGUCAAGUCGUUCUACUGUGAACUAUGCAGCAAAGGCUACGCCCGAAUGAACGAGUAUGAAGCCCAUCUCUCUUCCUAUGACCACUCGCACAAGCAACGCCUCAAAGACAUGCGGCAACUGUCCCGCGAUCCCCUCGCCUCUACCAAAGCCCGCAAGGCUGAAGCAAAAGCCAAUUCACAAUCAGGGCUCAUAUCUAUCAAGCUAGGAGGUGAAUCGGGAACUACUGGAGGUGGCGGUGGGUUCAAGAAAGCCGGAUUUAAAAAAGCUGGGUUCAAGAGUGCUUUUGCGCCUGCGGAGGGAGAACCUGCAAGGGAGGAAGAGAAAGCUGAAGAAGUGAGGAAGAAGGAAGUGCCCGGACUGAAGAUAGACGAGGGUAUGGAGGUAGAGAGCGAUACGGAUGAUGAAGGGUACGAGAUGUAUGAUCCAAGACACCCUACGGACUGA